AUGGAAAAAGGAGGAAGAAACAAGUCCAAAAUCCAUAAUGAUGAUGAUCAAGACUUUGACGAAUGGAGGACCAAGCAGAAGCACAACCGCCAGCAAGGUGUGACAGGAGGUGUGACAGUAGGUGUGACAGGACGUGUGACAGAUGUUGUGACAGUUUGUGUGACAGAUGUUGUGACAGAUGUUGUGACAGUAGGUGUGACAGUAUGUGUGACAGAUGGUGUGAUCGACGUUGUGACAGUGGGUGUGACAGUAGUUCUGGUUGCAUUUGUUAGUGAUUCAAAACGUAAAAACCCAUCAAGCAAGAAAAACACAACUCUAAAAAGGCGGAAAAUUAGCAAGGAGGAAGUAAAAAGGAAGAGAAAGAGGGAAGAGUCUGAAGAGAGUGACGAUGAAACACAAACAGACAAUGAAAUAAGUGCAGAUGACACUGAGAAUGACAGUGAGGAUAGUCAUGAUUCCAACAAUGAAGAGGAAAACAAAGACAACAGUGGUGGGAGUGACGAUGACAAUGACAAUGAUGACGACGAUGAUGAUGACAAUGACGGUGAAGAUGAUGAUGAGAGUAGCAACAGUAGCAAUGCGGAGGAGGAGAUUCCUCGAUAG